AUUUAGUUUCAUCGCCAAGUAGAAUCCAUCUGCGAAUGAAUAAUAAAAACGAAGUCUUUGACAGUCUUGACAUCAAUCCCAAAAUAGCUACAGCUUUGAAGAAAGGUCUGUUAAACUUCAUGGGUACUAAUAUUAAAGAGUUUAAAGUUAAAGGAAUUAUGAGAUUAUUACAUAUUCAUUCAUGAUAAUUAAAUAUAUUUUUAUUAAUACUGAAAUAAAUAAUUUAGGCUAGACAGUUUUAGAUUUUAGUUUAGUUAAGUUUAGGCACUAUUAUAAGUUAUAGUAAUGCCACAUUAAGAAAUGGCGUUAGCCAGCUGUCUAGCUAAUGGUCUCUAAGCCCUCCCCAAAGCACCCCUCCCCCCCCCAUGCCCGGUACCGGGCAGCGAAGCGGCACGUUGGAGAUCAGAUGUCUCUUUGCCAGGACAGCCCCCACCCGAGUCCGCUCGAUCGGGUUCUGCUGGGGGCCACCCCAACCCAAAGACACCCGGUCGGUCCGACACUGUGUUUGCACACAGAGCACACAAUCUAAGAAUCUACUUUCUCAGGAGUUGGGAUGGUAAAUUUACAUCCUAAUAUCUUCCCCCACCCAUCCCGGGGAAGGGACCCCCUUUAAGUUUAAGAGGGUUUCUACUGUGGGUUUCCACGACGCAAAUAAUUUGCGAAGUAGCUGGCACGAAACGUUUUCCUUGGAGCAGCUUCUCAGGGCUGCAUGGUAAGAAUCAUCGGCUAGAGGUUACCACCUUCGCCUCUAGCCUCAUAUCCAUUAAUGGCAACUUGUAAUCAUGAUCCCUAACCCUGGCUCUGCUUUUACUUCCAAUUGUGAAUUGUCAUAGCUUGCAGCCCUGUAGGCGUAGGUGCUGUUUUAUUUAUGGCAGGUACCGAGCACAUCCCUUGUCUGCCCAUGUAGGACACGCCACAGUGGUCUUGUUCCCUGGGUACCGUAACGUCAAGGGUGUCGGUGGCCAACGCCUCCUGAUCGCCAAGCCACCACAGACUUGUUAGCCGGAACCCCAGGGGGGAAAUUAUAGUAAUAAUAUAUAGUAUUAGUAUAUAGUAACAUAGUCAUAGAUACAUUUAUAAGUAUAAGCAAGGCACAGAGCUAACCUUUGUCAUAGAAAGAAGUGUUUUAGUUUUGACUCAGACCAUAAACUUAUUUUGGAAAAUGUACUUUUAAAAGUAUCAGAGUCAGAAUCUGAUAAAAAUUGUUGUUUGUACUUGUAGUUUAAUUAAUUUGGCUCAUCGUCAGCUCAGUAUGUCAUAGUAGUCGUUUUGGGGAAAAAUUAUGUUUAAAGUUUAUAAAUAGGCCAUUUUGCCUAAAUUAUGAAAAUAAUAAUAAUUCAUUUAAGAGACAUUUGAAGAAUGUUUUCUUUAAAUAGAUUUUAGGGCAUCACAGCGCUGUGAGCAUGCUAAAAUACCAUGGACACAAGCGCUAUAAAAGUAUUCAAUCAUCAUCAUCAUAUACAUAUGCUGCUUAUCUCCAUACCUUAAUUUUUGGGAUAAAAAGUCUGAAAACUUAACCGCUACCGCUACGUCACGAUCACCCACUUUCAAUUACCAAGGACGUCACAUUGUCUACAUAACAAAGAAGCAAAGAACUUUUCUGAAAUACCAAGGACGUCAAGUCGUCGUCAUAUUUCAAUGCUAUAUAUUUCUUAAUUAGUUAAUCUAUAGAGAAGUUAAAAAGCAAAUCCGAUAGAGGAUGAAAAAUACCGAAAAUUUUAUUUUAAAAAUAUCUUUAAAAAUUUUAAUAUACCGAUAUUUUCCGAUAUAAAUAUAUAUAUAUAUACCGGGUAAAUAUAUAUAUAUACGGUAUAGAGAGAGAGAGUUUUUUUUUUUUUUUUUUAUUUUUUUUUUUAUUAUUAAUUAUUUUAUUUUUUUUUUUAAAAAAAAAAAAAAAAAAGAAUAAAGAAAAAAAAUUUUUUUUUUUUUUUUUAAUUUUUUUUAUUAUUAUUAAUUAUAUUAUUAUUAUUGCUGAGUCAGCAAAAAUCGAUGCCCAAAACCAGUGGUAAUGAAAGAGUUAACAGAAGCCAAAUAUACAAUUUAUCAUUAUUUAAGCUUUCAAGUUUCAUUAGCUUAAUCAAUUCUUUGAACUUUUUCUAAUAGCACUUCUAACAGAUUAUAGGCAAAUACUCAGUCUGUCAAGCCCUGACAUUGAACGACUUACUUCCCUCUCUUCUAAAGAGGUGUUAAUGGUAAAAGAUCUGAUAGCUGAAAGAUGUAUAUCACGCAAACCUUGCACAGGUAAUUAUAUAUUUAAUUAGGCCAAAUCAGGGUUUGUUUUGGAAAAUUAUAACAAUAUUAAAUUUACCGCAGGUCUAAAUAUUAAAAUUUGAAAUAAUUAAUACUGGUACAAUACAAUAAACAGAAUCAAAGACAUCAUUCAAGGGAAAGUUUAUUGAACCAGUCCUCAAAUUUGUGGCUCAGCAGAUCCCUAUUGUUAUGACCAUUUUUCUUAACUCAUCCUGGCGGCACAACUAAAUGAAAAUGGGUCCUUUGGGGGUUUUGACGGAUGCAUCCAUAUGCAACUGGUCAAACCCCCCUACUUUUCUUUUCUCCCUUGUAACAAAGUCAUGCAUCCCCGAGAUUUCUAAUGAUAACCUCACAGCAGCGAGAUUCCAUGAGCAUUCAUCAAUAAAAAAAAAAUUUGUUUGUAUCUUGUUCCGUUGAUUAUAAUUAUAAAGCAUGUCUCAAGUGAGUCAGAUCAGAGUGAUAGUAUUUGUGAAAUUGUAAUUAUGGCUCUUCAAUUCCUGCAGUCCCUUAUGGAUGGUCAUGAACAGUUAUUAGAUGGAUGAGGGUUUUGAUAUUGAUGAAUGUAAGUGAACUGUGUUUAGAACGUAGUGAUUCUGAUCACAAUACGGUCCUUGAUGGUCCUUCUUCUAUAACUAAUCAUACUGGCGUGGAAGGGUCCGAUGCACUGUCCAUCACAGAAAAUAUGGGCAUAUUUUCUGAAUAUGAAGGGAGUCUUCUUGAUCUCCCAUUGACAGCCUACCAAUAGACUUUUUCAAACUCUAUGUUACGGAUAAAUGUUUGUUUAGAUGAGUUUUUCAACAACGGGCAACCAGUCUGACCAUCUGACCAUAGUGCUUCUGCCAUAACAUGGAGGCCUGUGAAUGCAGAUGACAUCAAAAAGUACAUUUAUAUCAAUAUUAUGUUUAGCCUCCAUCAAGUUCCAGAUUGAAGACUUGACUGCUCUUCUGAUAAUAUGUGGAAGUUCCCUGCAGUGGCAGACGUCAUAAGCCGAGAAAGAUAUAAAUUGAUUCACCGCUUUUUUCAUGUCAGUGACAGUUCACUGCAACCCGCAAAGGACAGCCAAAAUUAUAAUCCCCCUGUACAAGGUGAGGCCUUUUCUUGACCAUAACAGACACAACUGCUUGUUACUUUACAAACCUUAAAAACAAAUGAGUGUUGAUGAAGCCAUGGUCGGGUUUAGGGGAAGACUUGGCUUCAAGUAGUACAUGAAGGAUAAUCCGACUCCUUGUUGACUUGGGAGACCAGCACCAGUCUUAUUCUUAUUAUUAUUAUUAUUUUGUGGGAAGACCAAGCCAUAAGUGGUGGGGAUAUCAAUCGUCAAUGGCUAUCUGCUGAUAAAGAAGGUGAACCCCCAUUCGCCUCUUUAUGAGUGCCACCUCCAGCUCCGUGCAAAGCUGGAGCAACUGCUGAAUCUAAAAACCUAUCGAGCAGGCCUUUUCUUAACAGGCCAAGUAUUGCUGGCAUCGCAAGACCAUUCAUCCCCAAGCAUAGACUGUUUACAACUACAAUGCUGGGCAGAAAACGUAGAUGCUACCAGUGUGCCAUGGGAGGCGCAAAAAUGCCCAGCGGCAGGACAAAGGAGACCACCAAAAGCUUCUAUUUGAACCAAGUGUAUUUGCAUGCUAGACAAUGCCAUAGCAUUUACCAUGACAGCCUGAAAUAAACUUUAACAUCCCUUAAAACUUUAAGUUGGAUUAAAUGUAAAAAAAAGUGUAAAAAAUGCCAUUUGUUACCGGUAUAUUUUUCUUUAUUUUCUGUUGUCCUUUGGUCUAGUUGUAUCAGUAAUGUUAUAUUUUUCUGAAAGCUCAUCCAUUUCUGAAUGCAAUGUUUUUUUAAAAUUGAUUAAUAUUUAGGUACCGUACUAAAAACAAUUUUAUAAAAUAUACAUAUCAUCAUAUGGUAUGAACAUCGCAGUAGUUUCCCUUGUCUAGGAAAAUGUAUUAAAAGAUUUAAUUGAGGGCUUAGGGUCAAGGACUUAAAGAAGUUCAGUGUGCCGAAUAUUACAAUAGCCUUUCUUAUUCUUAUCAUUGGCACCAAUGUCUAACUUCACUACAGGGCAGCCACACUCGGUCCACACUUAAGAGCAAGAACAAUGUUCAAUGAACGUAGUUAUAACAGUUCUUUAUUUACAGGAUCCUAUCACUAAUCACAGCAACUGGCAGUUGACAAAACAUCCUCCAUGUUAAUCCUCACUGCACUGACACUUACAUUAAGUUAUAUUACAAAAACUCAUCUCACUGACUAAUGAGGAAUUGGACGAUAACUCAACAUACUGACUGACAAAACUGACUUCAUGAACUGACCUUGCAUAACCCGACCAAUCACACCUCGCCUUCACAAAACCUCUCACCAUCUCACAACCAACAACUUUCAUACACACACAAAAAUCACCCUCUCAAGUCCAGUUCAUAACAGUUAUAGCUCCCCAAGCCCUCAGAUGUUGGUUGACAAAAGGUGAAAAUGUAAUAAGAUGAAAAAGAAUAGGAAUAAUAAUCAAUGAAUUGGGCUCAAGUUCCUGCUGCAAUGUGGAUACAUUUCUGCCAGUCAAGACUAAACAUUUUUAGAAAUACAGAUGUGAAGUUAAAGGACUAAAAAUUGAAAUUAAUGUUUUAAUCAAUGGAAUUUUUACCUUUGAAAAUUAAACUUUUAACACCUGGCACUGAAUAGAUAAUAUAAAAAUCUUAUUUCAUUAAUUUACUUCUAACAUUUAGUGCUAGGAUAUAGUGUUUUUAUGUUGUGUUUUAUUUUCAGCGCUAGACAUACUACAUAACAAAGCUGAGCCAUCUUUACUACAUUGGAAACUCUCCACAUCUUGUGAAGUAAUUGACAAAACAUUGGGAGGUGAAGUCCUUAUUUAUUUAUUUUUUGCUCAUAAAUUCAUAUUAUAAAUUACCUCAAAAUGCUAGUAGUAGUAUAGUUGCAAUAUUUUUUAAAGUAUAAUUUAAGGUUAAUAGCAUAAUCCAUUGAAAUGUUAGCUUUAGACUCAGUCUUAGCUAAGACAAUGACAGGGCUUAACUGAAAUUCUCUGAGGAGAAUUGAGUAAAUUUGAUAGAGCUCUUUGGAUACACUAACAACUACCGGUACUGCUAGUUUGUAGUUUAAUGAAACAAAUAAGCAUGCUAUGCUAAGCGCUAAUUAUGAUAACACCAGGGGUGGGCAAACUUUUUGUGCGUAGGGGCGUAAGGCCACAAUAACAAAUGUGAAGCUAUUGGGGGGCAACAUAUAUAUUAUGUUCACUUUGGUUACAGCAACCUAUCACAAUAAGACAUGAAUUAUUUAUUGGUUAUUAAAGAGUACAAAUAACCAAUUUUUGCGAUUUUAUUUUACUUAUACACUUACAUAUUUUAUUUUACAAUGCAGACAAACUUUUACUAAUUUGUUUACAAAAUUUUUCAAUUGUUUUUAUUAUAAUAAAACGUUGUUAUUAUCUAUCAAUGGCUUUUAUUUAGACACCAACUGAUUACAUUGUAACUACUAUUGUUGAUUUCUAAUUUAAAGGACAGUUUACGAAAAAAAUAUGGAAAAUUAGAAAGAAAUUUUAUUAAAAAAUGUUAAAACAAUCGUAACAUGAAAUUCUGUAAAAUUCAACAAAAUAGCUUAAAGACGAAGCAAAGUUUUUCUUUUUAAAUGCCCUUGAGGGCUGCAUAAUAUAAAUUGUCCGGCCGCAUGUGUUCAGAAGAACGCAAAGAAAGUGAGUGGAAGUACAAUAUAAAAAAAGACAAAGCAGCUACAUAAAAUUGUGGCUCUGGUUUAUACCAUAUAGAGUCAAUGUACAGUACCACAUCUUUUUUUUUAUUAAUCUAUUUUCCAUAUAAAUUCUAUCAGGUGGAUUACUGGCAUACAAUAUGGUACCAAAAUAAAUACAAUGUAUAAUAUUACACUAUGGUUAGCACUACCGGGUAUUGAAAUGUUUAAAAAAGGGGGAAGAGGCUUGUUUUGUGAUGUUGUGCAGGUGUUCUCUGAAAUAGUCUCCAAGGUGACAACCAGUCUCCCCUGUGUAUAAUUUUCCACACUUUUUACAAAGGAUGGUGUAAAUCAUGUUGCAACUUGUGCAAGUAAAAAAAUCUUUGAUUCUGAAUAUUUCCAGAGGGAAUUUGAUCUUGUCAACUUGUGUCAACUGUUUGUGUCUCAUUAAUCUACCGGUACUUAAAAGUUUUAUCAUAGUCCAACCUCCUUAAAAUUGACUGUUUUGUAAGCUGAUAAAACCGGAUUUUGAGGCCCAUGAAAGCUAACUAAGUUGGCAACCACUGGGGUUCAUCUUUCAUUAUAACUUCAGAAGUAAUCAGUCUGAGAUACUAUUUAGAGAUAAAAGCACUUUUUUCCUUGGUCAAACAUUUUUGUAUCGGUGUUAGUUCCAAAUACUGUACAUAAAAUGUAUCAUGGGCAGGAGCCACAAAAUAAUCGUAAGAAAAGAGAGCUUUCUUAAAAAAUAAGUUAAUAAAGGCUAAGUGAGAUGUCAGGACAUUGUAGACUUAGUUGUGUGAGUGUAUUUAUCAUUAUUUUUAAACUGGAGCAUUUAGACUGCACCUUAUUGAUUUGACUUUGCAAUUUCUUUAUUCAUCACUAUAUUUCUCUUAUAGCAAAUUUACAGCAUAACCACUUGCUGUGAACUUAUGAACUAUCCAUUCUUUCACUUAGGAUUAUUGGUCUUUAAUUACUCUUAGACAUCUAGCAUACCAAAGUUAGAUCAUAGAAAGGUCUUACUGUUUUGUAGUGCCUCAAAUAAAUCUAUGGAUCCCAAGGGGUCAUCAGACUUCAGGGUAAGAACACUUGUUUAAAGUUGAUGCAUUUAAAUUAAAUUAACAAACCACACAGUCCAUGAUUGAUAUUUUUCUUCCCUACCAGUUCAUGCCAGGAGUAAGAGUGAAUGAUUCAUGAAAAGACCAGGAUUUUAAUCUAAUUUUUCAGUUUAUUACCGGUACUUGUUUUUUAUGAAUACCGUUUGUUUUUAAUUAUGUUUUUUUAAACUUUCUUUUUUUAAUUUAAAAGGUGGUAUUAUAUCAGGAGUGUUAACAGAAAUAUCAGGAGAAAGUGCUUGUGGGAAAACACAAUUUUGUCUACAGCUUUGUAUCGCUGUUCAGUUAAACAAAUCUAAUCCUGGAGGUAAAUAGAUCUUUGUGAAUUUUAAUUACCCGGUACCAUUUAUUUCAAUUGUUUUAAAAAAACAAAUAAUAAGUUCACAAUUAUAUUUGAAAUAGAUGUAGUAAACAAAUCAUGAUCUGUGCCUGUGUGUAUUUUUGGAAUUGUUUCAGGGGCUGUUUACAUAUGUACAGAAGAUGUUUUUCCCAGUAAGAGAUUACAACAGCUGAUACAGUCUCAUUCGACCAAGUCACCGGGUCACAAUUUGGGAGACAAAAUCUUUAUAGAGCAUGUGGCAGAUUUUGUGAGUAGUAAAUGUUCCACGUCAUUUAAAUUAGCUUGCAAUAUGGGAAUAAAUUAACGGUAAUUAGAUAAAUGUGUUGCAAGUUUAAACUAAGGUUGAAAACUACUGAUACAGACUGCAAUUUUAACCCACAAACUGUGGUCGGACGAAAAAAUCGGCCAAUAUUUUUGUUAUGUAUUGUGGUGGCCUAAAAAAUCUGCCAAUAAAAAACACGGUCCAAUAGCAACUUCCAAUCCAAUAUUUAACCGGAAUUAUAACCACUUCCUUUAGUAAUAAUAAUUAAAUAAUCUUCUGGGUCAAGCUGUUUGUUAACUGAACAAUAAGUACAUUUUAAUCAGAAUUUUAUAUCGCUUUUUUUUUUUAAAGCUAACAUGGCUGAAGCUAUGGUUCGGCCUUCAGUACGAGAACCAAUAGAAAUAUUUUUGAAAGCUUUUUAAGGGAGGAUUUAAGUGAUACUGAUGAUGAUUUUCUUCGUCUAGUGAAUCUAAUACUAGUCUUAGUGCUACUGAAGUAGGCCUACUGAUAUACUUCAAGUCAGGCCUAGAGGUUGGGCAAGGACUGACUGAAUUUUAGUCACAGAAGCUACAGAUUAUAGAUCAGAACUAAUAAAUUUUAUGUUUUAACAACCCAAAUCAGUUCCUUUUUAAAUGUUUACUAGUCAAUACUAACUUUUUUGCUUGAGAUUUUUUUAUGUUGUACUUUGUUUUAGCUGUGGUCCUAAUUGCUUAUUUUUUUCACUAAUAAAUGACCUAAAAUUACUAAAAUUGCUUUCAGAGGCUUAAUUGUAAUCAAAACCUUAGCAAACUAUAAAUUCUUUGAAAGAUAAAUGAUUUGGCUACCACAUUUGUAUUAGCAUUUUAAUGGAAUCUAUAAAAAAAAUUAAUGAUGUUAUGAAAGCAAGACAUUUGUCAAUUUUUUUUUUCUUGAGCACUCCAACUCCAAGGUCAAGGACACUGAACAAAAUCUCUUUUACAGGUGGGCAAUACAGCCAACUUUAUCCCCAUCCAUUUACCUUUCUAAAAAUAUAUACUUAUUGGGGUCUUGUAUCAAUAUUUCUAUGUCAUUUAAUGCUAUUUCUAAAGACACUCAAAAAGCUCUGAAAAGCUCCCACACUACAGAAUGAUCUAUGCCACAGUUCGUGGGUUAACAGCCCAAAGAUUAAAUUAUUUCCAGAACUCACUUUGGUGAAAGUUACAAGUUUUAGUUGUUUUCACUAACACUCAAGUGGGUAAAAAUAAUUUGAAAUAUGUUAAUACAUUCUUUGAUAAACCUUUAGAUAGAGGUUGCCAGUAUAUAUAAUAAAUGUGACUUUACAUAAAUCUGCAUUGUAGCACUUGUUAAUUAAUUUAUAUUUAGCAAUAUGUGCAUCUUUCUUUUUGAUUAAGGAAACCAUGGAAUUGUGUGUAAAAAAGAAAUUGCCUACCUUAUUGAACAGAGGAUUAGUUCACCUAAUAGUCAUAGACUCUGUGGCAGCUUUAUUUCGAUGUCACUAUGACUUCACACAGACAUUUGAACGGGCUAAACAUUUAUCUCAGUUU